AUGUUUGUAAAGAAUUUAAUUCCGAUAACAAAUGUUACUCCAUCACCUAUUGCCACAAUUUCCUCACUAAUAACAGUGAUUGGAAGUAACUUUAAUGCUGCAACAAUCAUAACAAUCAAUUCAACGUAUUCGUGUCCUUCUACAGUGGUGGUCAGUAGCACCCAAAUUAUUUGUAAUGCACCUGCACUUCCAUUUGUUGGAAAAGCCAUUGUUCAUGCAAGAAAUCCACCUUUGGACCCAAUAACCACUGAGCCAGGAUUUACCAUUAAUGUAGGGGUACCACAACCUGCAAUUACGCUCAUUAAACCAGACAUCCUUACGAAUGUAGCGUCGAACAGUCUUACGAUCACUGGAAAGUACUUCAUCCCAGAUGUCAAGGUUUUGAUCAAUAGUACAUAUCCUUGCAUCCAGGAGAUUGCCACCGAAACAUCUUUGAUUUGCCACUUUGCAGCUGUUCCAAUUGGAGGUACCAAUUCGAUGUAUCCAAUAACAACAGUUAACUCUGGUACAAGUUCAGAUCCAUAUUACAUGAAAUUCAAUUUACCAACUCCGGUUUUCGAUGAAUUCAAUGAAGAUAUCCUUAUUGAAAAAGAUACUACGUAUCUAUUCAAAGGUUCUUUAUUUGUUUGUGAUAAAGUAAAGAUUUCGGUAAAUGGAACUUUCGAUUAUUUAACUAUUCAAAAUUGCAAUCCAAACCGAAUAUUAGUUAAAUAUAGUGAUCCCACUAAGACUCUUAAUUGGUCAUUUCCUGUUAUUAUUUACAAUGAUAACGUCGCUUCCAACUCUAGACAAAUUUCUUUUCGGGCACCGAUGCCUAUUGUAGAUAGUGUUAUUGAAUAUGGAAUGUCAUACAAGCUUUUUACUGGUCAAUUGACGAUUCUUGGUAAAGAAUUUAGAAAGGAACUUACAUUCGUAUAUUUUAAUGAAGUAAGAUGUACUACAAUAGAAAUGACUAUGACAAAAAUCAUAUGUCAAUGUUCAACAGUAACAACUUAUGGAAAUUAUGAGCUCCAAGUUUGGAAAAUAUUUACGGGAUACACAGGCUUUACUGUUUUUUUGGCAUCAAUUCCAACAAUUACAUCAUUCAGUCCAAAUGUUUACCAGUAUGACCAAACAACUGAUUUAAAUAUUGUUGGUGAUGAAUUUAAUAGAGGUCUAACCAAAGUAGGUCAAAAGUUUACUUCAUCUUCCUCGGCAAAGUUGACUCAAUUGGAUAUGGCACUCCUAUCAGAAACUAUAUUUACGAAUUCAUCUCAAAUCAUUGUAAAAGUCUUGGCAAAAAGCAUGGGUGGUACGUGGAAUUUGACAGUGUUUGAUGGUGGAAAGUCUUCAAAUCAGGUUCCUGUUCAACUUCUCAGUUCGGUGUCAAAACCUACAAUCACUUCAAUCACACCAUCUAGUACAUUAUACACCAAAGCCACUGCUAUUUCUAUCGUUGGUACCGGAUUUAUCGAUGGGGUCACCAAUGUAUUAGUCGAUAAUGUAUUGGUAACAUGUUCUGUUACAAACACAUCAUUGGUUUUCACCUCUCCACUCUUGAACAAAGUUGGAACUUUCAAUGUUGUUGUGUAUAACGGUGAUAGAGCUAUCAAUUCUACAACCACUAUCAAAUAUUAUCCACCAACUCCAACUCUCACACAAAUUUCACCAAAUUCAGUUGAAAUCACAUCAGGUACAGCAAUAACUUUAACUGGUACAAACUUUAUUUCAGGAAUAUCGAAAUUACUUGGAAAUGGUGCAACCAUUCCAAUGACAAGCAUAACAUCAACCAGAAUCAUUUUCAACUCUCCAACCAACACAGCUGUAAAUGUUGUAUGUAAAAUUUCAAAUGCAGUUGGUUAUGAUUCCAAUACAUUAUCACUUACAUUCACAACAGUGAAACCAGUUGUUACCAGUUUUUCACCAGUUAAUGUAACAAAUAUCCAAUCGACCAGUAUAAUAGUCAAAGGUUCAAAGUUCGUUCCUUCAUACACAAUUUCAGAUGCUAUUUUCGAUAAUUCUAAAGUGAGAUGUACCACUUCAGUUUCAAAUCCAACAACUCUCACAAUCACCUCACCUGUAAAGGCUGAAGUUGGACCAAAGAUAUUCAUGAUUACCAAUGGAAAUUUGGUUACGAAUAUAUCAAUCAAUUAUGUAUCACCACCUAUAACAUUGACUUCGAUUACUCCUAGUUCAAUGGUGGGUAAUCAAGAGCAAGUUAUCACAUUAAAAGGAACUGGAUUUGAUUCUAGACUUACAUCGAUUGAACUUCCAAAUUUCUCAUGUCCAUUCUCAUUUAUUAAUUCAACUGUUAUCAUUUGUACAGCUGGAAAAUCAACAAACUAUGGAAUAAAGUCUUUAAGAUUGAAGAAUAUCAAUGAAUAUUCCCAAUCAAUAAACUUUCAGAUUUUUGCACCUCCAGUAGUAGUUUCCAAUAUAGAGCCAUUAUAUCAUAUCUUAAAUCAACAAUCAAAAAUAACAGUUAUUGGUCAGAACUUACCUUCAAAUACUAUAAUUCAGUGGAAUGGACAAUUUAUUGUUCCAGAAUCUAUUACAGAGACUAGAAUAAUUGCCAAAAACGUAAUCUCACCAACCACUAUUGGAAAAUAUCCGAUAAAUGUCUUGUCAGGAUUUUUAGGCAUUUCACCAAUAUCUUUUUCUAUAUAUUAUGUUCGAGGACCCAAACUCAUAAAUGCUUCACCAUUACCAAUUUAUUACAAGUUUCCAACAAACUAUAAUGCUUUAUUAUAUCUAUCUGAAGCUGUUAGUAAUGUAGCCGUAUAUCCACCAGUAGACCAAUUAAAUUUCAUCGAUGUAUUUGUUACCACCUAUGGUCAAUUUGUUUCAAAUACUCUUAGGCUACCAGUCGCUGUUGCACCACCAAUAUUUUCAAAUCUAAAACCCAUGAUGAUGACUAGUGAUGUUACAAAUUCUUUAACUAUCAUUGGACAAUACUUUUUGAGUGGAGAAACAAAUGUAUAUUUAAGUUUUGGAAAACUAUCAUGUUCAAAUACUUUUGAAACCAUCAUGUGUUCAGUACCUCCAACAAAUUUUUAUGGAAGCACACCCGUCACCAUCGAAAUGAUGAAAAAUAAUUAUACUUAUGGAGCUAUUACAUUUAGAAGACCAAACACCAUAAUCGAUACAAUAUCUCCAAGUCAAUUAUAUUUUAAUACAACAAAUCAAAUGACAGUAACUGGUUCCAAAUUUUAUGAUGGCUCAACUUCCAUCAUUAUUUCAAAUCUCAAUGCAUUUCCAAAUCCAUCUUACUCGAUUUCAAGUGUGACUCAAAAUCAAAUUAUUUUCGAUUUAAAUCCAUUUACCAAGGUUGGAACAUAUUCGAUCAGUGUUAAAGUGGAUGGUUCAUUAAAUACAAACAGUAACUCACUGGUUGUUGAUGUAAUUCCUGGUAAAAUUACAAUUAAUUCGAUCAAUCCAAAUAAACUUCAAUAUGGAUUAAGCAAUCAAGUUGUCACUCUAAAAGGUUCAAACUUUUAUUAUGGAACUGUUAUUCAAUUGGAUUCUGUGAAUUGUCAGAUAUUAUCACAAACUGAAGAUACUAUUUUGUUUUCAGUUUCUGAAAUCACUUAUUUUGGAAAAUCAGAUUUUGUUAUUGUCCAAAGUCCACAAGCAGAUACACUGUUUAAUAUGGAGAUAGAUGUUCCAUAUCCAGUUAUCAAUAGUAUGAAUCCAUCAAAUCCAUAUUCUUAUCUUGGCAAAGAUAUCGAGAUAAUUGGUUCGAUUUUCACUCACACCAUCUCUGUUACUAUUAAUGGAAUUAAUUGUUUAACCAUUCGAAAUUCACUAAAUUCCAUCACAAUUACAACACCAAAGUUAAAAUCAGGAACUUAUCAAAUGCAGAUAUUCAAUACUCCAGAGAUUUUCUUGACAACAACCAUCGAAUUUAUCGAUUCAACACCGAUCAUUCAAUCGAUUUCACCAAUUUCAGCAAGCAUCAAUGAUAUGAGUAUGACAAAUAGUAUGAUCACAAUCAUUGGUUCACAAUUCGUCAACAACUAUUCAAUCAUCAAAAUUGGAUCCUACCAAUGCGAACCAAGAUAUAUCGAUGAAACUCUAAUUCGUUGUUUGAUGCCAGAGGUCACUGUUGAAGGUGAACUUUCAGUCAAUGUCAAUAAUGGAGAGAUGAUAUCAAACACAUUCCACAUUUCAUACAUCAAUUCACUUCCAAUUACAUCUGUGACGCCUAAAUUCGUCAAUUAUAAUCAAUCCAACGAUAUCACCAUUACAAUCACUGGAUUUAAUUUCAACAAUCUACUUGAUAGUCAAGUAUUUAUUGAAAAUAAAUCUGGAACAAAGAAUCAAUGCAAUAUUCUCACAAAAGAAGAUGAAAUUAUAAUUUGUCGAUCUCAAAUGAUUCAAUUUGGAAAAUAUCAAGUUAUCUUAUAUUCGAAAGAAUUACAUUCAAUUCCAUCUGAUUUCAGUAUUCUUGAUGAUUCAUUGGCUUGCAAAUCAAAUUCUAGAAAACAAGUAUCAUGGUGGUUCGCCAAGAAACUUCCACAAUCGCAAUCAUACAUCUAUGUUGACAGUGAUUCUCAAGAUAUCAUUUAUCUUUCUGAUAUUUCCUCAAUUACAAGUAGUUUGGCACUCACUUUGAACCAAAUCAUACUUGAUAGCAAUACACACAAUGGAUAUGUUGUUUAUAAUGAUCAUCCAUGGUUUGAUGAUCUCAGUGGACAACUUUCACAUUCAGUUCAAGGAUAUCCAAUUGGUCAUUCAGGAGAACUCAAUAAAUCACUUGGAAAAGGUAUUCUUGUUGCUCAAACCUAUUUCAACUCAACAUAUUCACCUGGUUUCCACAUUAAACAUUCAAUGGAAGGAUUCCCAGUUCCACUUCCAAAUGGAUUGUUCAAAACACCUUCAAGUCAUCCAUCAAGUUGGAUUCCAAAUGAUUAUCAUUUGAUUCCAAAACAAGGUGAUGAUUAUUCACUUGGUCAUUCAUUUAUGUGUCAUUCAUUCAUUGAUUCAUCUGAUUUUGUGAAUGGAAUUCAAUCAUUGAAACCAUUCAUCUAUUCAUCAAACAGAUUCACACCAACUUCUACAACCAACAUAUUCUCAUCACUCUUUACUGACAGCACAACCAAUUCAUUCACAAGUAAAGAUUGGUCAAAAGGAUACUUUAUUUCUGCUGGAUUCAGAAAUGAUAUCUUUACACCAACAAGAAUUCAACCACUUUCAAUCACAUUGCCAUCGAAAUUUAAGAUUCCAUCAGGUGCAAAUGCAAUCACUGAUGUAAAGUUACCAACUGAAUUUAUCAUUCAAAAUAACAUUCCAACCAAGAUAUCACAAUGGAAAUCAGAUAUCGAUAAAAGUUAUAUUGCAUUCAAUGAUACACAUCUUUGUCUUGGUGAUUAUUCAUCAAAGACAUCAUUUGGUGGUGGAAUUGCAGUUUGUGUGAUCAAUCAAUUCUCAAGUGAAUUCUUUGUUGAAUCAAUAUUCAAAUAUCAACAACAAAAUUGUUCAACUCCCAAAUGUGAAAAUCAAAUUCAAAAUCAAUUCUUCAUUUCAAUCAAAUCAAAAUUAUUGUUGGACAAUACCUAUUCAAGCAAUAACAAUGAUUUACAAAUGAUUUUGAACAACAUCGAUUCAAUUUUACCCAAUACCAAACUCAGUGUCGGAGAUUCAGGAUGUUUUGGAAUAUUCUGUCCAAUCACAGCUCCAUACUCUGAAAUCAAAGUAAAUCCAACAGAUUCAGUUGGAAUAUUCUCAUUCAGAGGAAGUUACACACCUAUUUUCAAUUUGAUACUUCAAGAUACAAACAGUUCAAUCACAAUCAAAUCCAAUGGAUCUCCGAUAUCAUAUUCAACAUAUAAUAUCUCUGGAUCAUUCACUGCAAAGACCAAUGGUAAUAUCCAAAGUAAUAAUAUUAUCGUUGCAUAUAAAUUGAUCCAAAUUGUGAAGAAAGUCAGAGAUAAUCUUGGAUUUGGAACAUUUGGAAAUAUUGAAUUGAUUUUAAAUAGCAAUGGUAUUGCAAUUCUAAAUCAACACAAUGAUAUUCCAAUCAAGAUAGACAGCAAUACACUUGAUGUUCAAUCAUUAUUCCGUGCAAUCAGUUAUGAUUUGAUUUUGCAGUUAAAUAGUGCAACUUCAAGUGUCGAACUUCCAGAAUUGAAUUUCGAUUCAUUUGAACUUUCAAAAUCAUCAGCAUUGUUGGGAGGAAUGAUCAAUUUCAUUUCAAUGAAACUCAGACAACUUUCACUUCCAAAUUUACCAAUUUCAAUGAUUCAAUCAAUGAGAGACAGAAAUCAACAAUUGAUUGAUAUUGAACAUUUCACAAGUUCAAGAAUGUCAAGAAGAAAUGCAAUUUUAUCACAAGGUUGGAUCACAUCAUACCUCUGGGAUUUGGUUGAUCAAGAGAAUGAUGAUUAUCUCAAUCCAUCAUUCAGAAGACCACCACACAGUGAUAAUAAUUAUGGAAAUCAAAUUGAUUUCAAAUAUAUUCUCCAAACAAUUCAAAACAACUCUUUGAAUUCAGAUAUUCUCAUAUUUUCAGAACAUUUAUUCAAUAUUCUUCCACUUUGGAACACUCUCACAAUUCCACAUGCUCGUUCCAUCAUGAUCUAUAACAAUAUAUUCGAAUGUAACAAUUGUAAAGUUGAUAAUCCACCAACUGUCAGCAAUUCAACAGAUUUAUCAAAUGUAUUACAGUCCAAAGGUGUUUGUAAAUCAUCGAUCGAUAACUUAAUAAUGCCAACGAUCGAUGAAGUUCAAUCAUUUGUUUCAUUUUGGUCAUCUUCCUCAACAAACAAUUGGAAUGACAAUCAAGGAAUAUCGAAUAUCUAUUCAUCUUCAUUCGUUUCACUCUAUAACAAUUCAUUGUUAUUGGAAUCAUUGAUUCAAGUUGCAGAUCCAACACUUUGUGAAUUCCAAAUCGAAAAUGGAUAUCCAGUCACACCAAAAGGUUUGGAGAUAUUGACAAGAGUUUUGGUCAAUCAAAUCAACAUUGCCAACAAAAUGAUCAAAUACAAUGAAGUUUCAACAUAUUUUGUCAAAACAGAAACAACCAAAGGAUUGACAAUCAUCACAUACAAGAAUUAUCUUUGUGCAUUCGAUAUUGUUGAUGAAUCAUCAUUUGACAAUGGACAAGUCCUAUCACUUUGUCCAUCAGGUCCAAUUGUGACAUCGAUCACUGGAAACACAGGACCAACACAUUCAAACAACAAUGCAAUCACUUUGAUUGGUCGAAAACUCAGUGAAACUGGAGUCCAAGUUCAAAUUGGAUCAAAGAACUGUUCAAUUCAAAGUCAAUCAGAUUCUCAAUUGAUUUGUCAAGUUGGUCAAGGUGUUGGAACAUUACCAAUCAUCUAUUUCAAUGUUAACACUAAACUUCCAAAUGAAACACCACUCGAUAAUUAUGUAUUCCAAUUCAAUCAACCAGUUAUCACUUCAUUAUCAACCAACAGUCCAGUUAAGACCUAUGGACAAAAGAUCACAGUUUAUGGAAACAACUUUGGAUUCACCAAUGAUGACACAACUUUAUUUGUUGGAGAUAUUCAAUUCAACAUUGAAACAUUCUCAACAUCUGGAAACUCAGAACUAUUGAUUUUCACGUCGAAUGGAACUGGAUAUGGUAACAUUGUUUCUGUUUAUGUUGGAGACCAAAAUUCAGAAUUGAAUAAUCAAUUCAUUAUCAAUUACGAUAUACCUGAUAUCAAUUCAAUCUCUGUCGAUCGAUCACCAACCUAUGGAGGUGGAGCGAUGACAGUAUCCGGUACUUCAUUCGGUCUCUAUGGUGAUAUGACGAUUAAUAUUGGAGCUAUUGAAUGUUCAUCAACAAUUAGAAUCGAUGAUAACGCAGCAAUUUGUAUAAUUCCUCCACAUGUGGCAGAUCACCAAGUAACCAUUGUGGUUGGUAACCAAUUCUCAUCGGAAGGACCAAUGUUCAAAUAUGACAGACCAGUGAUCUUUGAAGUUUUACAAACAAACAACACACCAACUUCAGAACCAAGUAGUUUUUGGAUUAUUGGAAAAGAUCUUGGACCACAAGGUUACGAAUUCCCAUAUAUUUCAUAUUUUUUAAACCUGACGGUUGUCGAAUGUGAUGAUGAUUAUACAUGUUAUUACAAUAAGACUUACACUGACGAAAAUGACAAUGACAUUCCAAUACCAACAGAUCCUUACCAUGAUGGUAAUACAGAUGGUGGAGCAUUUAUUUCAAUUAUUGGUUUUGAUUUCGUUCCAAAUGAAAUCAAUGAAACAAUCGAUUAUUUGACAUCAAAUCCAGCAUAUACUUAUAAUGAAGAGUAUAUUUAUAAUCUUGAAGGACCAUUGACAUACAGCAAUGCCAGUAUUGCACAAUAUCUAUUCAACAAUAUUACUUUUGUCAAUUCAACAUUGGUGACUGCUCAAAUUCCACCUGGAAUCGGUGCAAAUCACACAAUAUCACUUUUCAUUGGUGGUCAAAAUUCAACACAACUCUUUAACUUUUCAUACAAUGCUCCAAAUAUAUCAUCGAUUUCAUAUUCAGAUACAAUUGGUCAAAAUAUCACAUUAUCAGGUUGCAACUUCGUUCCCAAGAAUGUUUCAUCUGGAAAUUCAAGUUUUGUUUUGAUCAACGGAACUGAAUGUCAAUCACCUCAAUGGAUUUCAUCAAACACAAUCAAUUGUACUGCUUCUCCAGGUAUUGGAAAGAAUUUAACAUUAACUGUAUCGAUUGGAGCUCAAAACAAUACUGAUAAUACAACAUUCUCUUAUAAUCCACCAAAUGUAAAUAAUGUGACAAUGAGUAAAACAGAUGGUGAGAUUAUUUCGAUUAUCGGUGGUAAUUUCGUUCCAGCCAAUAUUUAUGCUUUCAAAUCAAAUGUAACGAUUUUCAAUGAUCUUUGUGAUAAUAUUAACUGGAUCAAUGAUAAUAAUAUUACAUGCACUGUUAAAGCUGGAAUUGGAAAGAACUUAACACUUUCUGUUAUUGUUGGAGAUCAACAAUCAACCAAUAAUAAUGUAACAUUCUCAUAUUUACCACCAACCAUCAAGAAUAAUGUGACAACCGAUACAAAAGGAGGUUCAGUUAUCAUUGAAGGAACCAACUUUGUUCCACAAAACAUCGAACCAAAGAAUUCAAAUAUUUCGAUAAAUGACAACAACUGUCAGAAUAUCGAAUGGAGAAGUUCUUCCUCCAUUAAAUUUGAUGUACCACCAGGAAUUGGAAAUAAUCAAACUUUUGUUAUUUUUGUUGGAAAUCAAACAACUGAUCAAAAACAUUACUUUGACUACAACAAACCAAAGAUAUCGAGUAUUUCUAAAUCCAAAACAGAUGGUGAACAAAUUACUUUGGCAGGUACAAACUUUGUGCCACUGAAUGUUGAACCAAGAAACUCUAAUCUUACAAUUGGAACUCAAGCAUGUAAUAAUAUUGUUUGGAGUAGUGAUACUCAGAUUCUUUGUACGAUUCCAAAAGGUAUUGGAAAGAGUUUGAAUGUAACACUUUUUGUUGGAAAUCAGACCACUGAAGAUAAACCAACUUUUGAUUAUAUUGCACCUUCGAUUAGCAGUGUAACGAAUUCAAAGACAAGUGGUGAAUCAAUCACUCUUCAAGGUUCAAACUUUGUUCCUGAAAACGUUGAACCAAAGAAUUCAAACAUCACAAUUAACAAGAAUGUCUGUAAAGAUCCAGUUUGGACAAGUUCAUCACAGAUCAUUUGCACAGCACCAUCUGGUAUUGGAAAAGAUUUAGAAUUAUUAUUAUUUGUUGGAAAUCAAUCUACCACAACCAAAUUCACCUAUAAAAUUCCAAAAUUGGAUGAUACCAAAUACAAAGGAAAUCCAUCUGGAGGUGAUUGGAUAACAAUCAAAGGUGAAAACUUUAUUCCAAGUGAUUUCGUUCAAGAAGUCAAUCAAAAAACACAAGAUAGUAACAAUUCAGUAUCGAUUGCCGACAAACAAUGUCAAUCAGUGGAAUGGGUAGACUUUAACACUGUUAAAUGUCAGAUUCCAUCUGGAACAGGUAAAGAUAAGAAUAUAAAGGUUACUGUUGGUACUCAGAGUUCAGAGAACAAUCAAUUGUUCAGUUAUAAUGCUCCUGUUGUCGAAUCUAUUUCUCCAGAUAAUGGUGAACAAUCCUCAAAGAAACAAGUCACAAUUAAUGGAAUCAACUUUGGUUCAAAUCCUACUGCCACAAUUGGAGAUGCUGGUGAGUGUCAGAGUGUCGUGGUUCUAUCAAAAUUGAAUGACAAAGAAAGAAUUCAAUGUAAUGUUCCAGAAUAUAAUACAAAUGGUGCACAAAUCGUUAGUGUAACAUUGGAUGGUCAGAAAUCAAAUGAAACCAAUGUUAAAUAUACAUACAAUGGUGAUCCAAAGAUUGAUUCGAUUUCACCCACCUCUGGAUCUGUCGAUGGUAACUUUGAGAUGACUGUUUCUGGAAAGAACUUUAAGAAUGGCGAUGCAACAGUGACUGUCUAUUUCAACUCGAAAUCGAUUACACCAACAUCUAAAUCAACUGAUACCAUCAAAUUUACAGUUCCUGAAGGUGGAGGUACCAGUAUUGCACUUUACAUCAAGGUUGGCAAUUCACAAAGUAACACAAACAAUGACUUCUCAUAUGAUGCACCAAAGAUAAUAUCGAUCACACCAGAUGAAGGUCCUUAUGACCAAGAAACAUCAGUCAGUAUCUCUGGAUCAAAUCUUGGUCUUUCAUCUGAUUCCUCUUCGACCACAAUCACAGUUGGUGGAAAACCAUGCUCAAGUAUUCAAGCUUCAUCAUCGUCAUCAGUGAGCUGUACAGUUCCCAGAAACGAAGAUGAAGGAGAAGUAUAUAUUCAACUUACUUUCAAAUCUCAAAGUGCAUCCACAACAUUCAAGUACACCAAAGAAGAUUCAAGUAGCAGCAGUGAUAGUAGUGACAGCAGUGACAGUAGUCAUGGUAGUGAAGGAAGUCAUGAAGAUUCAACUACCUCAACCACCUCAACUACUGCCUAUUCUACCACCACAUCAACCACAGGUGAAGUUUCAACAACCUCUACUACUUCGACCACAGGUGGAGAUUCAACAACCACAUCUACAACCGUUGAACCAACAACAGCUACUACUGGUGGAGGCACUGAUGGUGGUGGCCCUGGUGGUUCUGGAGGUGCUGCUGGCAUUGGUGGCGCUGCUGGUAUUGGUGGCGCUGCUGCUAUUGGUGGUGCUGCUGCUAUUGGUGGUGCUGCUGCUAUUGGUGGUGCUGCUGCUAUUGGUGGUGCUGCUGCUAUUGGUGGUGCUAUUGGUGGUGCUGCUGCUAUUGGUGGUGCUGGAGGUGGUGAUGAUAAUGGAGACCAUACAUCAUCUACAACCUCAACAAGUUCCAUGAUUUCUGGUUUCAUAACAACUUUAACUACAGGUGAAUUUACAACAACAGGAGAACCAAUCACAACCACAACUAUAUUGACAACCUCUACAACAUCUACUACGGGCGGAACUACAGGUGGAGUUACUAGCAACUCUACUACAUCAACAACAUCUACUACUAUAAGUACAGAUUCAACAACGGGAAGUACAAUCACAACAAGUGGAUCAGAUAAUUCCACCACGUCAACAACUGGUGAAUUAACUACCUCUUCCACUUCCACCACUUCCACAACUGGCGAAACAUCAUCAUCGACAACUGGUGUUGCAAACACCACCACUGGAGAACCCACUUCAACUUCAACGACUGGUCAAGAUCCUUCGACGUCGAAUUCUACAACUGGUGGGGAUUUAACAACGGGAAGUACAAUCACAACAAGCGGAUCAGAUAAUUCCACCACGUCAACAACUGGAGAAUUUACCACCUCUACUACCUAUACCUCUUCAAUAACUGGUGAAAUAUCAUUAUCGACAACCGGUGGUGCAAACACCACCACUGGAGAAUCCACUUCCACCUCAACUACUUCUGAUUCGACCACCACUUCCACAACUGGUGAAAUAUCAUCAUCGACAACCGGUGGUACAAACACCACCACUGGAGAGCCAACCUCCAUUUCAUCAACUGGUGAAAAUCCUUCGACAACCACUUCAACAACUGAUUCAACCACCUCUUCCACCUCCACCACUUCCACAACUGGUGAAAUGUCAACAUCAACAACUGGUGGUACAAACACCACCACCGGAGAACCCACUUCCACUUCAACAACUGGUCAAGAUCCUUCGACAUCUUCAACCACUGGUGUAGAUUCAACAACCUCGACCACAAGUGAAUCAACAACAACGUCUAUCACCAGUUCGACCACAAGUGGAGAUUCAUCAACUUCGACCACAACUGGUGAUUCAACAACCACGACUACUUCGACAACAAGUGGAUCAGAUAAUUCCACCACAUCAACAACUGGAGAAUUUACCACCUCUACCACUUCCACCUCUUCAAUUACUGGUGAAAUAUCAUUAUCGACAACCGGUGGUACAAACAACACCACUGGAGAACCCACUUCCACUUCAACAACUGGUGAAGAUCCUUCGACAUCCGCUUCUACCACAGGUGGAGAUUCAACAACUUCGACUACAACUGGUGAUUCAACAACUUCGAUUACUUCGACAACAAGUGGAUCAGAUAAUUCCACCACAUCAACAACUGGUGAAAUGUCAACCUUAACAACUGGUGAAAUGUCAACAUCAACAACUGGUACAAACAGCACCACGGGAGAACACACUUCCACUUCAACAACUGGUGAAGAUCCUUCGACAUCUUCAACCACAGGUGGAGAUUCAUCAACCUCGACUACAUUGACUACCAGUGAACAAACAAUCACCACCUCGACCACUGGUGGAGAUUUAACAACAUCGAAUAAUUCGACUACAGGUGGAGAUACAUCAACCACAUCUACAACAGGUGAACCGACAACGGCAUCUACCACUACUUCGACCACAGGUGGUGAUUCGACAACCUCUACGACAUCUACAACCGGUGAACCAACAACAAUAUCUAUCACAACUUCGACAUCCACAACUACUUCGACCACCGGUGGAGAUUCAACAACCUCGACAACAUCUACAACCAGUGAACCAACAACAAUAUCUACCACAACCUCGACAACAGGUGGAGAUUUAACAUCCUCAACUACAUCUACAACCAGCGAACCAACAACAGUAUACUUAACUACCACUUCGACCACUGGAGAUGACUUAACAACCUCGACCAUAUCUGGAGAUUCGACUACCACCUCUUUGACUACUGGUGAAUCAACCACCUCAGUACCCACAACCACAACCGGUCAUGAAUCUACCUCUAUAUCAACAACUGGAGGAUCAAGCUCAACAACCAGUGAACCAAUCACCACUUUGACCACAGGUGGAGAUUCAACAACCUCUAAUAAUUCCACAACAACUGGAGAUUCAACAAUUUCGACAACAACUGGAGAUUCAACAACAUCGACAUCAGGUGGAGACUCGACAUCCUCGAUCAUAGGUGGAGAUUCAAUCUCGACUACAUUGACAACUGGUGAACCUACAAUCACCAGUUCGACCACUGGUAUAGAUUCGGCAACAAGUUCAGCAAUCUCGACCACAAGUAGUGAUUCAACAACCUCGACAACAAGUGGAGAUUUAACAACCUCGACCACAAGUGGAGACUCAACAACUUCUACUAUUCCGACCACAACUGGAGAUUCAACAACCUCGACAACAAGUGGUGAUUCAAUACCUUCGACAACAAGUGGAGAUUUAACAACCUCAACCACAAGUGGGGAUUGGACAACUUCGACAACAAGUAGUGAUUUAACAACCUCUACAACAAGCUCAGUAUCUUCGACAACAAGUGGAGAUUCAACAACCUCGACUAAUUCGACUACAGGAGGAGAUUUAACAACUUCGACAACAAGUGGUGACUCCUCAACUUCAACCACAAGUGGAAAUUUAACAAUCUCGACAACAAGUGGAGAUUUAACAACCUCGACAACAAAUGGAGACUUAACAACCUCGACAACAAGUGGUGAUUCGACAACUUCGACAACAGGUUCAGCAACUUCGACCACAAGUGAUGAUUCAAUAACCUCUACAACUUCGACAACAAGUGGAGAUUCGACAACCUCGACCACAAGUGGGGAUUCAUCAAUUUCGACAACAAAUUCAGCAACCUCGUCCACGAGUGGUGACUCAACAACUUCAAUAACAACUGACGGAACAAACUCAACAACAGGCGAUGAUACUUCCACAACUGGAGAUAUAUUAACUUCGACCACAGGAGUUAUUUACUCUACUACAUCCACAUCUGGAGACUUUAAUUCUUCGAUGAUAUCAACAACUUCUACUGUUGAUUCGACCACAGGUGAAAUAAACUCUACACCUACCACCUCAAUGAUAACAACUAGCGAAUUGUUUAUAGUCUCAUCUUCUGAAUCAUCAACAACAACAGGUAUUCCAAGUAUUUCGACAACAGGAACUAGUAUCUCACCUCUUGAUUCUGGAAUUUCUGGCGAAAUACCUUCAACCACUUCUACAACAACUGUAAUCAAUACAGGAGAAUCCCUCUAA